AUCUUUGCCUCCUGGUGGCGUACUCCGGAGUUCAGUUUCACGGUAGUUAGCUGUCGAGCUAGCUAGUCCUAUUAGCCCGUUUACCAGUCCAAAUACCGACCGAAAAAAGACAGAACCCUACUUUAUAAAACUUCGUAGGUACCUAAACUAACUCACGAUGGCGGAGCUUAGUUUUGUGAUACCCAUGGUAGUUAUGACAGUGUUCUGGGGUAUCGUUGGUGGAGUUGUGCCGUGGUUGAUCCCCAAAGGACCGAACAGAGGGGUGAUCGUUACCAUGCUGGUGCUAACGGCAGUUUGCUGCUAUCUGUUCUGGCUGAUUGCCAUCCUGGCCCAGCUGAACCCUCUGUUUGGGCCGAGCUUGAGCAACGAGACCAUCUGGUACCUGCAGUACCACUGGCCCUAGAGUGCGCCGCUCGCCCUCCUGGUGGAGCAACGGACACUGGGCCGUCUUCAGAACCCUUUCCGUAGAAGCAGCAUUCCUCCUGACCCUGACCGUGCCCCAGGAGCCGUGCCUCUGUUCACUCAACUUAAUCCACAAAAGGCUCGGGGAAGAAAUCCGCUUGAGAAUUACCAAAAUCUGUCUCUCUGGGUGUGUUUACUGUGUGACACUGUCUCUUCUUAUUUGACUGGCGUGCCUAAAAAAAUAAAUGAAAAGAUACAAAAUAUUUGUGAUAAUCUUUUGCCCUGAAUGCUCACUGCUCAAGCGGGCCGACCAGUUAAAGUUUGAAUAUUUAUUUCAUUUAAAAUGUGUUCCUUUGUAUUUUCACCAUGUCCUUAAAUUUGUUUGAUGAAUUUGUAUUUCUGCAACAACCAAGAUUAAAUGACUGUCAGAUGAUAA